CGCGCUGCCGCCCCCGCUCCGCACACGUCCCGCUUCUGAAGGGCACGCCGGCGGGCUGAGGGCGGGGCAAGGGGGCGUGCCCGGAGCGGCGGCGAGCUGCGAUUGGCCGGCUGCGGGCGGCACGUGCUGCCGCGAGGCCGCGUCCGGGCGCCGCGGUGCCGCCGGAGCCGUUGCCGCCGUUGCCGUCGGGGCGAGCGGUCGGUGCGAGAGAGAGAGAGCGGGAGUGCGGGGCUGGCGGAGCCGGCAGCAGCCCUGCCUGCGGACGCGGACACAGCGCCAUGUGCGGGAUCAGCUGCGGGCCCUGCUGCGGACGGGCUCGGAACUUCUCCUUUCGGAAUCUGUCUGUUUGGAGAUGUUGGAGGAGACCAAGGAGGAGGACACCCAGGAGGAAGACACGCGAGGAAGAUGUGGAGUCUCUGCACAGCCUUGAGGAGACUCUGACCAAGCCAACCAAGGAAGAUGUGGAGAGUCCAGAGCGCAUUGAGGAGAGUCCAGAGCGCACUGAGCACACUCUAAGCAAGACAAGAGAGGAAGAUGUGGAGACUCCAGAGCACAUUGAGGAGAGUCCAGAGAGCACUGAGCACACUCUAAGCAAGACAAGAGAGGAAGAUGACGAGACUACAAGCAAGACAGCAGAGGAAGACGCAGAGACUCCAGAGCGCAUUGAGAACAGUCUAAGCAAGAUAACACAGGAAGACGCAGAGACUCCAGAGCACAACGAGGAGAGUCCAAGCAAGAUAAGAGAGGAACACGUGGAGACUGCAGAGUGCACAGAGGAGACUCCGAGCAAGCCAGCUGAAGAAGACAUGGAGACUCCACAGAGCCUGGAAAAGAAUGUGAGGAACCAACCUGGGGAAGAUGUGGAGGUUCCACAGAGCGUUCAAGAGGCAAGUCACUGGUGUGUUUUGAGAUCCCGGUGUUGGCAUGCUGGUGUCUGCAGCCUGCGCUUGUGCAGGGACCAUGUGCCUUUCUCUCUGACUUGUUUCUCUUUGCCCUUUUCCUGGCAGAGCACAACUGAGGAUGGAGCUGAGGAAGCACAAGAAGGCGCUGUUGACUGUGACACCCUGAGAAGAGCGCAGAUCCAGCAGCCUGCCAGUGAAGGAGCAAGAUGGCUCGGGGCUGAAGGGGACCAGUUACCCGCAGAACACACUGUCAGCCCGCACGAGACGUGCAAAAGCAGGGCCCUGAAAGCUGGAACUUUGGAAAAGCUGGUGGAGACGCUUCCGACGGCAUUUGCAGAUAAUGAUUUUACAUACAUCAACAUCUUCCUCUCAACGUACAGGGCCUUUGCUUCCACCAGCACAGUCCUGGAGCUGCUCCUGGACAGAUACGGAAACCUGGAAACCUCGGGCUCUGAAGAAUGUGGAAACCAGAGUUCGCCCGAAUCCAGCACAGUGCUCAGGACUGCGAUCGCAUCGAUUUUACAAGCCUGGCUCGACCAAUGUGCCGAGGAUUUCCAAGAGCCGCCCGACUACGUGUGUCUGCUGAAGGUGCUGAGUUACCUGAAGAAGAACAUGCCCGGCUCUGACCCGGAGAAGAGGGCGCAGAGCCUCCUGGAGCAGUUCCAGAAGGAAGAACUGGAGAAUGAUGACGCGUUCCACAGCCUUUCUCCCUGCAACCUGGAUGACGACGAGGAACGGGACAUCAGCGGUGCAGGAGAAUUCUCAUUGUUCCAGGAAGACCUGGUGGCAGAACAGCUGACAUACAUGGACGCGACACUCUUCAAGAACGUUGUGCCCCACCACUGCCUGGGCUGCAUCUGGUCCCGCAGGGACAAGCAAGAGAACAAACAGCUGGCACAGAGCAUCAGAGCCACCAUCUCGCAGUUCAACGCCGUCACCAACUGCGUGGUCAGCACCGUCCUACAGACCAGAGAACUAAAGCCACGGCAACGAGCGAAGAUCUUGGAGAAGUGGAUCCGUAUCGCACGUCAAUGUAGGAUCCUGAACAGCUUUUCGUCUUUGAAGGCCAUUGUUUCCGCCUUGCAGUCCACCUCUGUUUAUCGCCUGAAGAAGACCUGGGCCUGCGUUCCAAAGGACAUAAUGCUGAUGUUCGAAGAUCUUUCAGAAAUAUUCUCCGACUGCGACAACUUUGCGACGAGCAGGGAGCUGCUGAUGAAGGGAGUCACACAGGGCACGGUACCUUACCUGGGUACCUUCCUCACAGACCUCGUCAUGCUGGACACAGCCCUUCAGGACUAUCUCGAGGGCGGCCUGAUCAACUUUGAGAAGCGGCGAAGGGAAUUUGACGUAAUCGCCCAAAUUAAGCUCUUGCAGUCCUCAUGUAACAGCUAUUGCAUGACACGAGAUGAGAAAUUCCUGCAGUGGUUUAGGAGGCAGCGGCAUUUAAGUGAUGAGGAGAGUUUCCAUCUUUCACGGGAAAUUGAAGCAGCUGCUGACAAGAGCAUCGCAUCGGGCAGAGCUCAGAAGAGUGCGCUGAAGAGAUUCAGCCUGCCGUUCCUGGGCUUGGGGGUGAGCGCCCACAGCGCACCCGUCAACGCGCAGCCCAAACCUGCUCCAGGUGGGAGCUCUGGGGACAGCACCGUCACCAUCGUCCCUCCCACCGACACUGCUGAGGAGCCUCAGCACAAGUGCUCCAAGAAGUGCCCCGACUCUGUGACUCCCAUUACCGCUAAGGAAGCGCCUCCAGUGCUGCCACUUUACAACCACCAGAACGGAGAGAGCUGCGUCAUCCGGACCAGCGUAGAAGAGGACAGCAGUGGCAACAUCUACAAGAGCAUCCUGCUGACUAACCAAGAGAAGGCUCCUGCUGUCAUCCAGAGGGCCCUGGAGAAGCACAACCUGCAGUGUGGCUCGGCUGAGGAUUACGAGCUGGUACAGAUCAUCUCCGAGGACAAAGGUGGGGAAGCAGAACUCUGCUGCUGCUGCUUGAACAGUUCUGCUGCAUUUUGACGGCAAGAGUGACACGCGAAGCGACGUCAGAAGCGCCACGGACACGUUGUCACAGCUGCCGGUGAGAAUAAACCCCUGAGGCUGAGUGGUGCGCCAACUAACGCUGGCUCUGCUCCCUCUCUUGCAGAGCUGGCGAUCCCACCCAAGGCGAACGUGUUCUACGCCAUGAACACCCAGGCCAACUUCCAUUUCAUCCUGAGGAGAAAAGCUGCAGCACAGGAGGAGCCUGCGCCUCAUAGACGUUAAUGGUUGAGCUUUGUAUCGUCUUUGAGCUUUGUAGAUUUACUGUUUAUAGGAUAAGUGUGUAAACUUCUUUUCCCCCAGUUUUAGUCUGGAGUUAAUGUAUUUUAAUAUGUGACCUGUAUAUAAUGUUUGAGCUUUGUAUAUUAUUUAAUAUUUAUGUUACAGGUAUAUUAACUUGUUUCCACUUUUGUCUGCAGUUAAUGUAUUUUAACACUUGAUGUUUUUAUCCUAUUUAAUCUUUACAUACUGCUGUAGAAACAUUCAAUACUAUAUAACCUUUUUUCCACUAAUUUCUGCUUGCAGUGACUAUAUUUAAAUAGCUUAGCUUUAUAGAAUAUUUGAGCUUUGUACAAUAGUUAAUAUUUAUAGAAUAAGUACAUAAACUCUUUUCUACCAGAUUUAGUCUGGAGUUAAUGUAUUCAAAGGUUUUAUCUUUAUAUAAUACCUGAGCUUUAUAUAAUGAUUACUAUUUAUUUAAUAUUCUUAUUUAUUUUAAUGUACUAAUAUUUAAUCUUUAUUGAAUAUGUACAUAGACCUUCCCCAAUACUUUUUUCUGAAGUUAAUAUAUUUUAAUACUUGAUCUUUAUAGGAUAUUUGAGCUUUGUUUAGUAUUUAAUAUUUAUAUAAUAAGAACAUAAACAUUUUUUCCACGAGUUUUACUCUGGAGUUCAUAUAUUUAAAGGUUUUAUCUUUAGAUCGUAUUUGAGCUUUAUAUAAUAUUUAAUAUUUAUUUAAUAUUUUUAUUUAAUAUACUAACAUUUAA